AUGCUCACAAGGAGCACCACGAGCAGUAACAUUUGGUCCUUCGAGCCGGAUUUUGGAAAAAGAAGAACUUCGACCUGGUGGGAGUUCGCUGUCUUCUGUACAUCCAGCGCGGCUGCCGUGUGUGAGAACUGGGCUCACCACACCCCUGGACGUGACACGAGCAAGAGACAGUCGUCAUCAGGGUCCACGCUUCGAGCGCAAGACCACUCGAGAUUGCAGCAAGAGCCACGCAACGUAAGCUUCCAUCGUCAAGGCAACAGCAUCCAGGACGUCAUUGUCUACUGGGACUCUGGACGCACCUUUAGCCGCCAGGACGCAGCAGGCAUCCUAAGGGACGAUUUGAGGAAGCCACGUGCCUUACACAUCAUGGAAACUGUAAAAUCAUGCGUUAGUGAGCGCGGGUCUGUCAAGGCCAGACUCACCAUGUUCAAAAAAUUCCUCGAGUCUGAAAGCGCAACGGUAGAUGUAAUAGCUCUUGAGCGACGCUUAAGAACGAAUGAGGGUCUUUACGAAACCUUCAACCGCAUUCAGUCCCAAAUAGAAUGUGCCGUCAUGGACACCCCGCACGAGGAAGCGCAGUUGGCCGAGCGCGAGUCCUUUGAAAACAAUUAUUACGCAAUCAUGUCCAAGGCUGAGACAUUCCUUUUGAGAGCUCGCGGAAACUCAGUCACUGCGACCAAUACUCAACAUAGCGCCACGCCUUCGCCUUCUGACACUUUCCCCGCGGUUCGUCUGCCUACCAUAAAAUUGCCCACGUUCAAAGGGGACUGUGAGCAAUGGAUCCGUUUUCGCGACACCUUCACUUCGCUGGUUCACGAUUCAGAUAGGUUAAAUGACAUCGAUCGCUUUAAUUACUUGACGUCCGCCUUAUCGGGAUCCGCUGCGCGCGUCAUAGAAUCGUACAGCGUGUCGGCAAGCAACUACAAGUUAGCUUGGGAGCGAUUGAGGGAAAGGUACGACAACCCCAGAUUGCUCGUGAACCACCACCUAAACUCUCUUCUAGACUUAGAGCAACUUAAAAGGCCGUGCAGUAAGGGGCUUAGCGAAUUUGCCGACACCGCUAUCAACAACAUCCGCGCCCUCGAGUCUCUUCUUACCCCUGAGCAAUUCCGCGACGCGCUUAUUAGCAAGUGCCUGGCGAAAAAGCUGGACCCGGUUUCCCUGGACGAGUGGGACAAGCGCUCUAUGCAUUCAAGCGAGUCGCCCACUCUCAAGGAGUUUGCGACUUUCUUGGAGCAGCGGGCUCAAUAUCUCGAGCGUAGGGAGUCGAACCAAUCGGUCAUGGGCAAUGUAGGUUCUGACCGCCCAAAAACCACCCCACGGCGGCAAGGGGGUUUUAAGCCUUUCGUCCCCGCGACCCACGUCGCGAAUCAGACAGAAAAAUGUAGGCUAUGUGACGGGAUCCACGUGAUCAGCCACUGUCCCGAGUUCUUGGCCAUGUCCGUCGAAAAAAGGCACGGAGCUGUGAGGAGUUCGCACCUAUGUUUUAACUGUUUGGCGCCGAAUCAUAGCGCAAGGGCUUGUACUCGCUCAAAAUGCCGAAAGUGCGGUAACAAACACCACACCUUGCUGCACAAAGAAGCAGCUUCCGCAGCUCCGGGGAGUUCACCCCAGGAGGAACUUCCCGGGUCAUCCACCGCCCAUGUCUUGCAGUCACACGCCGCUAACGUGUUGACUGAAUGUACUGUUUUGUCUACGGCGUUGGUUUUGAUAGGCGACAGCAAGGGGAAGUACCACGAGUGCAGGGCACUGUUAGACCUGGCAAUGAAAUCGCGGAUAGGGAAUUUUAAAUCAGCCCUCACGUGCUUGGUGAUGGACACCAUCACUGAAGAGCUGCCCAACGUUGCGUUGAAUAAAAUCAGGAUCACCACACCUCCGGGUAUUUUACCGGCCGAUCCCCACUUUCAGACCACGGGCCCUGUCGACUUAUUAAUUGGGGGAGGUAUGUUUUGGGACCUGCUGUGCAUCGGCCGUAUUAGGGUAGGCGUGGGGAACCUGAUGUGGCAGAAAACGCUGCUCGGUUGGGUGUUAGGUGGUGGUUUACCUUGUUCGACGUCGCGGCAUAGGGCAAUGUCGUGUCACACUGCGACGAACUCCGCUUUGGAAAUCGGCCUAUCUCGGUUCUGGGAGGUCGAAGAGGUCGGUAACGCGGAAGUCAAUGACAAGGAACACGAUCCGUGCGAGCAGCACUUCGUUGAAAAUACUAGGCGCGACGAGCAGGGGCGAUUCGUGGUAGCGAUUCCGUUCAACGAUAGGAUUCAUGAAUUGGGAGAGUCCCGUCCUCAGGCGGAACGUAGGCUUCUGAAUCUAGAACGCAAAUUCAGGAAGCAGCCCGACCUCCAAGCGCAGUAUAAGGAGUUCCUUCGCGAGUAUGAAAAUCUGGGCCAUAUGUCAAGAUUGGAUCCGAAGGACAUAGGAGGGGUCAGCGGUAGCUAUUACCUGCCUCAUAAUGCAGUGAUGAAAGGCAAUAGCACGACCACCAAACUUCGGGUCGUCUUUGAUGGCUCAGCGAAAACCGCGUCGGGCGUUUCGUUGAAUGAUACACAAUGG